AUGCGGGCCACCGAUCUCAUCUCGUCUCUGGUCAUAAUAUUCACAUUCAUCAGCUCAAGCACAGCAAUCUGGACUUUUGCCCUUCCAAACAGCCUCCGUCAACGGCCCCUAAUUCUCCAAAACCAAGACAAACACCAGCAGCACCAGCCCAUCAUGGACCGACUCAUCCCCGGAAUUCUAAACCCCAAGCCAGCGCCCAAUAACGGCGGCGAAGCGGACGAGCCUAUAAUAUCCGAUGUCCUUCCCAAAACAAAAGGCAUAAACAUCUUCGCCCAACUGACCCGAGACUUCGACUCGAUCUCGCAGCGCCUAAACGACGCAUCCAAGAACCUGACCGUCCUCGCCCCGCGCAACAGCGCAGUCCAGGCCCUACCCCGGAAGCCGUGGGAGGACCCGGAGGACUAUGCCAAGUUUGGCGAGGUGAAUGCGUACGAGGGGCAAGAUGGGAAAGACCGGGCGAGGGAUAAUUUGCGCCGUUUUGUAGAGGCGCAUCUUAUUCCUGUUAGUCCUUGGGUUGAAGGGGAGGAGGUCGAGACGCUUGGUGGGGUUAAGUUGAAGUGGGUUAAGGAGGGUGACAAGAUUAAGAUUCAACCGGGUGAUAUUGAAGUAGAUAAUGUUGCGGAGAAAGUUGCCAAUGGUGAGGUUUGGGUUCUCAAUAAGGUGAUCAAUUACAGCCGCUGA